UUCAAAGUGUGCGUAAAGCGGAGUCCAGUUGAAAGCUUCGUGCGUGCUGUGUUGUGUGUGUACCAAGUUUUUUUAUUUCUCAUGGUCAGUGUACGAUUUUUUGCCCCUUCUCAUUUUGGAUUUUCAUAUUUUCCUAAAUAGAUAUUAUUUUUAGAAGACCUAAAACACAUAAGAUGUACAAACGAUAAUGCUAUUUUUAUACGAAACCAAACAAACAGUACAAAUAACGAAGAGUACAAAUUCUCCCCAUCUCAGCGAUCAUUCAGGAUUUCUACAAUGACAAUAAAGAGGAUAUUUUUGUGAAACUAUCAUCGUAGAGUUUAGCGAGCGCAGCACAUAUUUUACAAUCAGCAUGUUGAGUUAGCGAAGAAUGAAAUCGAAAAGAUGAGCGAAACAUUGAGUCAAGACCCUGACGGGCUUGGGGUGGCCUACACGACGCUGGCGCCGUCCUACCCUUCGACGCCAGCAACCCCAAGUUCCACGGUGCAAGAUGUUCCACCCGGAGCCAAUUUGCCACCGUUUUCGACGUUUGCGUCGGAAAUAGACUCGAAUGGUACCUUCAGCUCGGUCUCUGACCGAUUAUUUAGUGAUACUCGUCUACUAGACAUAUCAAAUUGGGACUAUUAUACGGAAACGCGAUUGGUGGAACGAGGUGAGAACGGAUUGUCGAUAAUCUCGUCGCAGCCUCAAUAUCGACCGUGGGAGUCCAAACCGGUGGACUCAACAUCGGCGUUUGCGGGUACCACACAUGUGAACACUUUCACGGAUGCAUUCACGCAGCAAAACGGUGCUUCGAAGCUGCCUUCCUUCCAGAGUCAGUUCCAGGCGUUCAGCGAAUCAGGCGCCCCCAACGAGCCGACUUUAACCACCUUGACCAACUUAACCCCCGUAUCGCCCAACUCAGCUUCUAGUCCGCAAAGCCAAACCCUCACCACGUUGAAUUCCAGCUUUCAUACUCUAAGCGCCGUAAACCCGCGAAGUUACCCCCUGGUUCCUGCUCCCAUACAAGCCCGCGAAAUUCCCUCAAUCCAGCAACAGUUUCUGGACGAGCGACAUAUCCAGCUAUACUCACACCCUACCGCCAAUCUCACUUUGGGCAACACCAUACAUUCCGCAAGCAUAUUCCCUACUCAGAACGGGACCUUGAUCCAGAACAGCCAGCUCAUUUCCUCCCCAGCUGUUGUAGCGGUACUAAAGUCUGAGCCGGAUCUCAAGCUGGGCGGCAACUUGACCACGCUGCAUCAGCAAGAUCCCUCCGGCCUCAAAAUGCAGAAUGUUGGCCUCCAUCCCACUCAGUUCCAAAACCCCAUGGCGGCGCUCAAUAACGACAACAGUCUCUAUAAUGGAAUCGAGAAGAAACUCAACGGUACGGCCAGUAUUAUGACGUCUCCAACCCGGAACGACUUUCGAAAGAAGGAAAGGCGGAAAAUUCGAGCAAACAGUUUGGAAAGUUCGGCGGAAAGCGAUGGUGCGUCCAGUAACAUGGACCUGGGUUCGGAAAGUUCGGGACAGGUUGCGGCCGUGUCCAGUACGGACGGUUACAAGGCUCAGCACGGCAUGCCGGUCGGUAUGGAACACGAUAUUAGUGGCGGUUCCAUGGACAAACAGGUGAAGAAGAAGCGGAAACGGUGCGGGGAAUGCGUCGGAUGUCAGCGGAAAGACAAUUGCGGUGAUUGUGCUCCCUGCAGAAACGACAAAAGCCAUCAGAUCUGCAAGCAGAGAAGAUGCGAGAAGCUCACAGAGAAAAAGAAUCUCUACGGCGAACCUUACAUGAGGGGAGAGUCACGAAGAGGGAGAGGGAAAGGUCGCGGUGGAUCGAGUUAUAGAGGACGAAAGCCGAACGGCCCAAUCUCAUCACUAGGAGGAGGUGGACUGGCAGCUGAAACCAACGGCGGUCCAGUUUCUCAACCCCAACAACCUUCUUCUAGGCCCAGCCCACAACCCGUUACUCAACCUAUGCCCGUCCAGCAGCAACCCAUGACCCCAAUGCCUUUCUACGCUGACCCCAACCGUUUUCCGACCCCCGUAUGGCAAGCGGAUCCAUCGCAAGUUACUGGCUGGCAGGGCCAAUUCAUCCAGCAAAUUCCUCCAGCCGCUCAGCAGAUCGAUACUUACCAGCAAUACCCCAAUGGAAUCUAUCAGGCGACUUACCAACAGCCCGCUUUUGAAGCCAACACAUUUUACACGGGGGCUGUGCAAGUGUUGACCCCAACGAAUACCCGACCUCCAAGCGUCCCAAGUCAACAAGCUCAAAUGGUGCCUCCCAGACCGAACUCAAAUUACUCUCACACUCCAAGCCCAAGUCCUGCAACGCAAGCUCAGCAGCAGCCUUCCCAGCAGCAGGCGCAGCAAACCUCCAAUCGUCAGUAUCAGGAAUACACCCAGUUUGGUUCAGCUGCCUCAACCAAUGAGGGCUCCCAAUCCAGGCCCAGCUCGGUGAACAGUGUGGUGAACCAGAACCCGACAACACCCAACCAAAACUACCAACAGGCCAACCAGCAGAGCAACCAACAGCAAUCGCAGCAGAAUCAGCCGCAACAGCAGACGGUCUACACGACAGUCAGUGCUGGCAAUUUCAGUCCUGGAUCGAAUACCCAGCAAACCCAAUUUGUGAAUGCGAGUUCGGGAAACGGUCAGCCUGGGUACCCACAGUAUUUCUUUAAGGUGAACGCCAGCAGUCCGCAGGUAGUUUCACACAGCUCUAGUGGAUACCCAGGCAAUGAGCAGUAUAGCGGACAACACACCGAAUGGCAAGAUCCUGAGCCCGAUCAAAUGAUGUGGGAUCGACAGCAGCAUCCGCAUCAGUUGCACGAGCGAAAAAUUGAGCAGCAACAUUAUCAGCAGCAGGUCGAACAGCAGAACAACCACACGCAAUACAUGCAAACCGUUGAACAUUCGGAGGGUGGCGCGCCCUCAAAAAUGCUCAGCGAAGGUGGUCAGAAAACGUUCUCGCAGGCGGAUAAAGUGAAUCUGAAUACGCGAAUCAAAACAAUGAUACUGAACAAGCAACAGAACGACGGUAAGAUGGAUCAGGAGAUGAAGAGCGCCGAUCAGAACCAAAGUACCGGUCAUUUUUUAUGGUAUAGCCACCAUCACCACUUAGAUCCUAUAGGUGUUGAUGGUGGCCCCCAAAACAACAUUCCUGGCUAUGACACAGUUUUACCAAGUAAUACUCAAGGAUUUGCUCAAAAUAAUGUUAAGUGGACUAAUUAUUCUAAGCUUAAGACAGACAACGAGCUUCCCUUGCGAUUAUCAUGGAGAGAAGAACAUUAUACUAGAAGCCAGUUAUGGCCGCUAGAGAACAUGCCGUUGGCUGCAAAAGAUAAAUUUUAUAUCACUGAAAAAACGAGUGAAAAAGCGACCAUUUCAAGCAUCCACGAGAGAACUACCUGUAGAACUCCUCAAUCUCCCAGCAUUUCGAGUGCUUGUUCUCCACGUGCGCAACAAUGCGACGCCCAAAAUACAUCUCCAGUGGAACCAAAAACUGACCAACUGAUCUCGGACGGUUGCUUGGAUUUGCGGUCAAGACACGAACAAACGCUGUAUUCUCGUCGAUGGGAAGAAAGUGGCGAUGUUGAGAAGAAUUGCCCAUCGGACGGUGUUCAAGCAGCACGACAAUCAACACUUUUUGCGCCACCCGAAAGAACCAAAAUAUGGUUGCACGAUAAAAGGAAAUCGCCGCACUCAGUAGAUAGUGCUGAUAAAUCGAAAAAAACCGAUAGGUGGUCUCCGAAAAUUCUCGGUGAGGAAAUUCCUCAGUGCCAUUGUUUUCCACAAAACCAAAGUCCUCCGGAACCAGGAACGUUUUAUACGCAUUUAGGCUGUGCUAAUAGUCUUCAAACUCUUAGACGUAAUCUAGAGGGACAAACCGGCGUCAAUGGACCCGCUAUUCGAAUCGAAAAAGUGAAGCAUACUGGCAAAGAGGGAAAAACUGCCCAAGGCUGUCCAGUAGCUAAAUGGGUCUACCGACGUGUUAACGUAGAAGAAAAGUAUCUAGUCAUAGUUAAGCAUCGAACCGGCCAUACUUGCCAUUCAGCUUACAUAAUCAUUUGCCUUGUGGUGUGGGAAGGAGUCUCUUCAAGCACCUCCGACGAACUGUACGGUCUCCUAACUGAUAAACUGAACAAAUUCGGUCUUCCGACGAAACGACGAUGCUCGACCAACGAUGCCAGAACAUGCGCCUGCCAGGGUGUGGAUGAGGAAACAUGCGGAGCCAGCUACUCCUUUGGAUGCUCCUGGAGCAUGUAUUACAAUGGCUGCAAAUUUGCGCGGUCGAAAGACGUGCGAAAAUUCCGGCUCAGUGUAAAAGAGGAGGAAACCAGCCUGGAGACGAGCCUUGGGAAACUGUUGGACCACAUAGGUCCGAUGUAUCAGACGCUGGCACCUCGAUCGUUCGCCAAUCAGACAAGCUGCGAAGAAUCCGCUCUGGAAUGCCGAUUGGGCACCAAACCUGGCAGGCCCUUUUCUGGAGUGACUGUCAGCAUGGAUUUCUGCGACCAUUCGCACAAAGAAAUUCACAAUAUGACUGAUGGUUGCACCGUAGUGGUGACGCUGACCAAACACCGAGCUCUAACAAAACCUGUGGAGGAACAGUUGCAUGUACUGCCAGCUUAUGUUCCAGAUGAGACCAAUGAGUUUGGGUCCAAGGAGGAUCAAGAUGCAAAGGUUGAGAAAGGGGAAAUGGAUGUUUUUACCAAAUAUGAAAGUGAAGUUCGAACGUUUUCCGAGCCGGCCGAGAAAUGUCGAAAACGAAAAAGUAAAAAAGGGGAAUUCCGAAAAUGUGCCACGCCUCAACCUUCAUCGCCUUCAGUCUCUUCAACAUCAUUGCUGCCGUCUUCGCAGCCAUCGCCGUCUGCGUUUAGCAGUUCGGAAAUUCAAAGCGGGCAGGUGUCGAGUACCGUUUUAGAUUCUCCCGGUAGAAAUCCAAUAAGUUGGAGGUGCCUAUCCAGAACUCUACACAGGUUCAAUAUCGAUGCCAAACAAAUGACCCAACAGUUUUUUAGGAAGUUAUUGUCAUUUCUUGGCCUUGCCAAAGUUAAAAUAGUCUGUAGAUUUUAAGAUUAAGAUUUAUCCUGUACAUUGAACAAUUUGAUGCACAAUUGUUGACAUAUUUUUCAUAUAAAGGCAUUUGAGCUGGAAACAUUAAAAUGCUCGCUUAAAUGCUAACAGGAUUCCUAACAACGAAGCAACACAAAUAAAUUUUAAUGUUUCCACUGUUCGAAGUCUUCGAUAAUUUAUAAUAUUAGGUAGUUUGUUAAUAUUUAUUGACUUUAACGUGUAACCGCAACUACCUAAAUUUAAUAUACCUAAAACAAAUUAGUUUUGUUUUUUUGCAUGAAUCUAUUUAUUUUUACAAAACUGUGUUUGUACGGUUGUAAAAAGAUAAUGCCAUUAAAUCAGUGCCUCAAUGAUCUCAGAAAUACUAUAAAAUAGAUCACAAAUUACUGAAAUAAAGUACAAAAAAAAUCAUUCAAAUUUAUGGUAAUUAUAUACGUGUACAUAAGAAUGUAUUGAUAUUGACUCAUGUUCUUUUUUCCAAAGAAUCAUCAUCUGUCUCUCUUUGCAUAGCCAUGCGAUGUUUCACUUUUAAUACCAAAGGUUUUUACCAGAAAACGCAGUAUUUUAGUUUGUACUCUUUUUGGUUUAUACAGUUAAGUUAUUUUAAUUUUGUUUAAUUCUGCGUUAAACAAUUUUUACUGUUAGAAGUUAUCAAAUAAGAGUUUACCAAACCCUGUGUGGAAAAACCACAGAUUACACCAAUGGACUGUAAAUAAAAUUGUAUUUUUCAAAGGUUCCUUCGGAUAAUUUCGGAAAUAAAACGUAUUAGGAUUUUUUUUAAACUAAAAGCAAUUGUGUGAAUUUGGUGGUUAUUUUUAUUGGGAAUUGAAUGAAAUGCUUGUUGGCUUCAAAAGGCAAUAAUAAUUAUUUAAACGCUUUUAGAAACAUGUUGAGGAUUUUGUCUUAACAAUUGAGGAAUUCUUAUUUGCGUAACCGACGAAUACACUUUGAACCAAAUACAGUUUUGUUCCUACUGUCGCUUAGAAUGUAUUAAAUAUUUCAGUAAAUCUUAUUCAAUUUACAUUUAGUGUAUAUCGCCACGAAAUGAUAUAUUUUUUAAACCAAUGUGGUGGCGUACAACAUUUAAGAAAUGUAUAAUAUUCUAUUUAUAAGAAUUGAUAUUUACAGAGUAAUUUUUUGAUUGUUGAAUUUCGUCCCAUCAGCACCAGUUUGAUUCAUUUAGUUACAUUUUUUACUUCUAGUGUUGCUCUUCUCGUAUGUUUUUCAGUGCAGAGGCGGAUUAAAUCGCCAAUAAUUUUUCGGCUUCAAAAAUCACUUUUUAUAAUUGUUUAAUACGCAAUAUUUCUUAUGAAAGGUAUCGCUUUGUAGUCUUUUAGCAAUUGAGUUGCAAUUGGGAGCAAUUAAUGUAUAGACUUGUAAUAAUUCCCUCGCUAUUCUAGACAAAAAACAAUUUACUUUAAAUCUCAAACCGUUUUUUCUUAAAUAGUUCAUUUUAUAUAAUAAAAUGUGUAAGACAUUAUUUACGGCUCAGGUGCUGUUGGCUGGACAUUCAAAAUUGAAACAUUAUUGUAUUUCUCCAAAUAUGGCCAUAAAUGUUGUUGUAAAUUGACUUACGAGAAUACAUUUUAUAGUUUAAAAAUAUAUUUUUAUUAAGAAAUAAAUAGAAAAUAUAAUUAUGUUCGCGAAUAUGAGAACAUUGAAUGUAUAGGAUUAGUAUACGCUGUCGUUUGAAAAUGAAAUGUGUAUUUUAAAUCUAAUAUUAAACAUUGAUGCCAAAUUUUUAACCGUAGAAGUUAUUAUUAUGUUAGUUUCCAACGCCAGAAGACUACUAGUGGAAUGCGUAUUGAAUUUUUAAUGGAGGUUUUAUUGGCGAUUUUUUCCAUCUGCAGUAUUAUUUGUCCGCAGUUCUUCUGUUCAGGUGAAAGCUUAGAGACGACGACCCAAUAAUUACCUAUUUGACGCUAGGAGCUCAAUAAAGUUAACAAGCCUCUAUUAAAAAUAAUAAAUGGCAUAUCUAUUUUAUACUAGUUAAGUUUAUUUAUUUGCCAUAAUUAUCGAUUAGUUACGUCCCGGCCAGUGAAAUGGCACACACCACUUUUGUAUUAUAUUUUAGCAUUUACCACAAAGCACCGUUAUUAAUUUAUUUUUUAUUUAUUGUAGAUAUGUAAGAUUUGCUAGUUUUGCGCGCAUUUUCUCAAUAAUGGCAGCAUAUAAUAGAAGGUACCUUUACUUAACUUACAAGUGCACAUAAAAUCGAAUUUAAGCAACAAUACAUUUAUGGUUUUAUUCAGGAUCAUGUUUACUGGUUUAGUUUAUUUUUUAUGUAUGUUUUAUUAUUUUUUUGUCACCGCUUUUGAUGCUUCGGCAGUAAAAAAUAGCAAAAACGAAUGGAAAAUUGGCAGUAGGUCUCACGGCCUCAUAAUCGAAAAGGAGAUUAGAUUAUUUUCAUUGACAAAUACAAUCCAUUUUUAAUAGCGAAACUUAACAGAGAAUGAAUGAAGUUUAUAUAAACUCGACAUUUUUUCUUCAAAUUGGUUUUUGUCAUACAGAGUUUAAAAAAUCAAAGACAUUUCUAUUUUGUCUGGAUUCUUAGCAGGAAAUUUGUAUUUAGUACCAUUUUUAAAUUCUCUAACCCUCAGUGAAAGAGACCUUUGCUGUGCUUAAAAGCUAAAAUUCUGCAAUAAAUUGAAAAAAACUUGAAUAAUAUUUUUUUAUAACUCUAACAUGGUUAUAAUCUAACAACUAAUUUUCUACUACUGUUUAUUACUUUAUGAUGUUUAUAACAUAAAUUUCCAAACUUACAAAAAACUCUUGAAGAUUUAUUAUCCAACACAGCAUGUCUCAUUCUGCGAUAUAAAACUAAAUAUUAAUGUAAUAAAAAAAGUCUUAAAUAAAUUAAAAAUUUGUGAAUACAUUGGAAACCUAAUUAAUUUUUGUUUUUUAGAAGCAAGUACGAGCGAGGAUCCGGUCUCUUAUUCACACUUGACCGUGUUGCAGCUUGUUUAUUGAACAAAAAAUACAAUGUUUUCAGCUUUUUUACUAUUUUUUGCGAACUACUUGAUAUAUAAUUGCACGGAACACUUGCACUUAGCAACUGAUCCGAAACUGAAAAAAAUCACUUUCAUCCUUACUGAGCUGGUAAUAUUGCAAGGGCAAUAUUGCUAUUAAUUGUUAUAAACAUUCCAAGCCAUCACGCUUUGAUUCAAGCCUAUCAAUCAAUUACAAGGUAUUUUCUCAGGAUGGUAGAUUGCAGAAUGCCCGCCGCAAUUAAACUCAUCUUGUGACGAAUGGCGUUAACAGUUUUGCUAUUCCGAAUUUUGUGAAAGUAUGUGCUACAAUUGAGAUUUGAUUGAUUGAUUUUAGCGCAAAACUAUCAAAUAGUAGCGAUAUAGAAUUGUACAUAUAUUUUUACAUCAACUUCCAAACUACCGUUGCAAAUGGGAAGAGCAAUCAAGUUGUACAUAGUUUUUAAGUGGAUACUUGCAUUCCAUAUAGAAUUCCAUUUGUAAAAUUUUCAUCCAUCUUCAUUGAUAGAGUAUACCGAAAAGCAAUAUCUUACUAUUUAUAAUAUUUUCAUAUCAUGUGUGGAAGUAUCUACUCAAAAGGAAUAUUGCCUUUUUAUCGAUUGGUUGGUCAUUUGUAAUUUCUAGUUAUAGACUUUUUAUUUUAGAAUUAAGAUACCAAAGUAUUUGUGUAUUUGUCUUGUGAAUAUAUUUAUAAAAUAGAA